AUGCAGCCCGAGGCCAACAACGAAUUUACUUUUGUCCACUACACGAACAAGCCACGCUCUACGAAGAAACCAGCAGAGCGCGCCGAGAAGACCACCCGCCACCGACCCUGGGCCAGAUGGCUUCUCACGACAGACCUGGAGCGCCCCAAGAGCAUCCCUCGCCUCGAUUUCGCGCCCGUCCGACGCAUGCAGCAGCUGAGCAAUUUCAUCGAGGAGGACUUUCCCACCGCCACCGCCAGAAGCGCAUCCGCCACUGAAGGUGCAUUCCUCACCCUCGCGCCGGAAAUGGACACCAACUUUGUCGCCAUCGGCUCUGCUCUGGAUGCUUUUUAUUUCGCCCGCUCGGCCGUGAAACAACAGGACGAAAGAAUGCUGCGACAAGCCCACAAGUCGUACGGCACGGCGCUGGCCGCUCUCUCCCGGACCGUGGCGAAUCCCCAUCAGGCCGGCGUGCCUCCCCGCGUGCUGCUCUUCAGCGUAAUCAUCAUCAACCUCUUCGAACGCUCCAUGGGACUCCCCGAUCGAUGGGGAUCAUGGAUGGCUCAUCACCGAGGCAUCCGAGCCUUAGUCUCGAAUGGGAGAAAGGUGCUGUACCUGAAUCGACCAGGCGAUAGGCAACUGUUCUGCUACUUGCAAUUCGUGUCGCUUGUCAUUGGAGUCGCGCUGAGGAAACCGGCGCCGUAUGCGUGGCUCACGUCGGCGGAGUACGUGGAGUACUGCGAUGAUUGCCCGCCGAUGAUGACGCUGUUGCUUCUGACGAAGGGCAUUCCGUCGCUGCUUGGACGAGUGGAUGCUUUCUUUGCGAAUGCCGCGACGAAUCUGUCGGAGUUGCGGAGUAUUCAUGAUAGUAUUCAGAGCCUUGUGCAAUGCUUACAGGACUGGUACGACAUGGUGUCCGUAUUCAAGGGACAACAGCCGAGGAUCAGUGCACGAGACUUUUCAGGAGAGACGAAUGCCUGGUUCCGCACGCUCGACUCGAGUGGUCUCUUUGGCCCUUGCUACAGCUUCGAUCGCGACAUGACGGUGGAAGAGUACACGACGUAUACCCUGGCAUGCUUGACAUUGGCCUGCACGACGCUGAGACUGGUCCACUUUCGGCCUGCAUUUGACUUCUCGUCCAGCACCCGACCUACUGCGCGGAAAGAUGACGCGGUGCGAAUGGCGUACGCCCAUGCCAGCAACCUCUGCCGCAGCGUGCAUACAUACUGCGACUCGACAUCGAUCGCGCAGUUCUCUUUCGCCGAGUCGCUGGUUGCAUUGGCGGGUAACUUCUUCACGGAGACACAGGCGGUAGAAGAAGCGGAGUGGUGUGGGAUGGCACAGAGUGCUAUGCAACGCCAGCAAAAGGGCUUUCCGCCAGCGCAACCUCCGGGGAUGUCAGGGCUUGAGGGACUUGUGGAAGGCCUGGCCAGCGUGGGCCGGUUUCGCGACAAGGCUCUCGGACUGUGCAUUGACACGUGA